AUGCGAGUUCGGUCCAAGGUAGGAGUGACGCGAGUGCGAUCCAAGGUAGGAGUGACGCGAGUGCGAUCCAAGGUAGGAGUGACGCGAGUGCGAUCCAAGGGCAUUGUUGUGACUCCACUGCUGCUGCUCCUGUUUCUGGGAUCAUCGUCUUCAGUGCCCUUUACCUCUAUAUUCUCCCAGCUCUUCAUGACUGUUGUUGUUCCGCUGAUCAUCGGUCAGAUUGUGCGCAGAUACAUUAAAGACUGGCUAGAGAGGAAGAAGCCUCCGUUCGGUGCCAUCAGCAGCUGUGUCCUCCUCAUGAUCAUCUACACAACCUUUUGUGACACAUUCUCUAAUCCAAACAUCGACCUGGAUAAAUUUAGCUUAGUUGUGAUUGUAUUCAUAAUAUUUUUUAUACAGUUGGCCUUCAUGCUUUUAACAUUCCUGUUUUCCACCAGUAAAAACAGCGGUUUUACUCCAGCGGACACGGUUGCAAUAGUAUUUUGUUCUACACAUAAAUCCCUAACUCUGGGAAUCCCGAUGCUGAAGAUUGUAUUUGCAGGAUAUGAGCACCUCUCUCUCAUAUCUGUCCCGCUGCUAAUUUAUCACCCAGCUCAGAUACUUCUUGGAAGUGUGUUAGUGCCAACAAUAAAAUCGUGGAUGCUUUCCAGACAGAAGGCACUGAAGUUAACAAGACAACCCAAAAUCCCAUUAUAGCAGCAAGAGAGAAGAAGUGUACAUAUGUACAAUAUUGUACAUACAAGCAUACAAACAUCACAUAAAAGACUUGUACUUGGGAAUGUUCACUGCAUAUUUUAUUUUUUUAAAUAAAGAUUCAUCUAUCUAAGUGCCUUAUGGGUUCAUCUGGCAAAUACUUAGUUUUCAAACUAUCUUAAUGGUUACAAAGAAUUUUUAGUCUUACAUCAUCUCUUUGUAUUUUUUUAUUUGGAAAAUAAAGAUAUCAAAAGUC